AACAAUGUGGAUGUAAACAAAAAUAAAUGCUUAUAACUGUCACCGUAUUUUGGUGUGGCAUGAGCCGGCUUUGAAUUAUAUACUAAAGGAUUUCUUAGAGUUGUAGUUUAAUAUGUUUAAAUUUGGGUUUGAUGAAGAGAACGAAAACGAAGCAUCGUGUGAUUUUCCAGCCGUGGGAAGUCCUGGUGCCUGUGCCCAAGACUUGGAGUGGCUUGCAGCAGAGGAAGUACACCUGACCGAGCGUGCCAUAGCUGCCGGCGGGAAGCCCGUGAAGAAAGUGAACCUUGUGUCGUACGGACAGCUCCAGCUGACGUACGUUGCUACUGAUGAUGCUGUUGCCAGUCUGGCAGAGUUGCCAGGCCAGGAACUCAUCGCCGAAGCUGAAACUCUACGUUCUGACUUGUUGCCGGCCAAAUAUGAAGGUGGGCUGAAGAUCUGGGAAUGCACGCACGACCUCGCCAACUUCCUCGCGAGCCAACCAGACGCCAGCCUGAGCGGGAGGAAAGUGCUGGACCUGGGCUGUGGGGCGGGGCUGCUGGGGCUGCUGGCUGCGUCGCAAGGAGCUUCCGAAGUGCACUUCCAGGACUACAUGACAAGAACUUACACCAAGAAGACCCACAGGGCAGGAAUAAGUGAGGACAGCAUCAAAAGAGCCUUAAUCGAUGUCUUCAACAACACUAGAAGCAGCAGAAGUGUACCAGCUCAGACGUCAAACACUUCAAAGUCGAAUCAAGAAAAUUCUUGGGAAAAUGUCUAAAGAGUAUUAUUUGCGAAAAUACAGUAACGAAGACUCGGGACAAGAGAGUGAAGAGAGUGUUGAAGAAUUUAGUAGCAAAUAUGCUGCAAGACAAAUUUUCACAACUAAGGAGGAAGAACUACUCGCAACCUAUGUAAAAAAUUGUGCUGGUCUGAACUAUGGUCUUAGCUACAAGCAUGUUCGGCAGCUUGCCUUCGAAUAUGGUUCUAAGCUGAAUAAGAAGAUGCCCAAGAACUGGAUAUCAGACCAAAUGGCAGGUUUAGAUUGGAUUAGAGGAUUUUUAUCACGACAAAAGAAUUUAUCGUUGAGAAAACCCGAGAGCACCAGCCUGUCCCGAGCAUCGUAAUUCAACAAGGAAGCAGUAGAUAGUUUCUUUCACAAUUAUGUAGAUGUUUUGCAGAAACACAACUUCCCUCCUAGUCGAAUAUACAAUUUAGAUGAAUGUGGGGUUACAACAGUUUUAAACCUACAAAAAUUGUUGCUGAGAAGGGUAAAAAGCAAAUUGGGAUUGCUGCAUCUUCUGAAAGGGGGGAACUGGUAACCUUCGUAGGAAUUGUGAAUCCAUCUGGUGGGUUCUUGCCACCAGUCUAUGUAUACCCAAGUUUAAGACAUCCGGAAGAUUAUUUAGUUGGUGGGAUUUCUGAAAGUCUUGCCCUUGGUAGUAAAAGUGGUUGGAUGACUAGUGACUUGUUUCCACAAGUUUUGAAACAUAUUGCCAAACAUGUCAAACCAUCAAAGGAAAACAAACUUCUACUUUUAUUGGACAACCAUGAUUCUCAUGUGAUUUUGGGGGCAAUCAACUAUUGUCGAGAAAAUGGCAUUGUUCUUCUAUCAUUCCCACCACAUACCACACACCGCCUCCAGCCACUGGAUGUUGGUGUGUAUUCCCCUUUCAAAACAAGUUGUUCACAGGCAUUUCAUGAUCACAUUCUUUCAAGCCCAGGGAGAAAGAUAACAAUUUCAGAUGUAGCUCAGCUAACAAAGACAGCAGUCUUAGCUGCGUUCACUCCUUCAAAUAAUGCAAAUUAAUUUGAGAAAACAGGGUUGUGGCCUGUUAAUACACAAAUAUUUACAGAAAGAGAUUGCAUGCCAAGCUCAGUUAGCUCAAGUGGUUGUUCUGAUAAUGCUCUAUUCAAUCCAUCAACUUCAUUGGCUAGCACCAGUUGCUCUAAUAGUGUUCAAUCCCAGCCAUCAACUUCGUUGAACCAGCCUACGACAGGACUCCUAACAAAACACCACAAUGUUGUUAGCCCUGAACAUGUGCGUACUUACCCUAAGACUCCACAGUCAAUGAAGACAAACAAGCGACGAAACGCUGGAAAGUCAAGAGUAUACACUGACACACCAGAAAAAAACAGAAUGGAGGAAUUGGAGAAAAGAAGAAACAACAACAAUGAAAAAAAGAAGUGUCCUGUUAGUUGAAAAAAACUUUUUCCUAAAACCAAAGUGGCAAAAAAAGAAAUAACUCAUUCAACAUCUGAUUCAGAUUCCAGUGAAGAUGCAAGUGAUGAAGAACUGCCUUUGCCAUCUUGGAGUGAAAGUGAUGGAGUUGACAUUGGUGAUUUUCUUCUAGUGAAAUUCGCAACCAAAAAAAGUGUAUUCAUUAUGUUGGCCAAGUGAUGAAAAUUGGUUCCUCAGAGUUCACUGUUAUAUUUCUGCGCCGAAAGGGCUCGUCCAGCUACUUCCAUUGGCCUGCAGUUCAAGAUGAAAGUGAAGUGGGUAUUUGUGACAUUGUAACUAAACUACCAAAGCCAAUUUCAAAAGGAACUGCACGCACAUCUGACAUUUUCCAUUUUCCUUUUGCAUUUCUGCCAUUGGUUGUUCUCUAAAUUGAAAGGAAACACAUCUGAUGGAUGUUUCAUUUUGUAUCUUUUUUUUAACAUUGCUAAUGUAAACACAUACUCAAAUAAAUUAGGUGCCAAAUCUACCCCAUGCUAAUAAUGAAACUACCCCACUGGUGGGGCAGAUAUGGCAAUGUGUAGUGAUGAUUUCAAAUGCCUGAAUUCAUAGCUUUAGGUAAGUUUAGAACUGACAGAAUUGUUACAUUACUGUGCAAUAUAAUGACAUUGAUAAAAAUUAUUAUAUUAUAUUUGUCAACUCACAUUAAUAAUUUAAAAAAAAAAGUUUUUAUUCAAACAUGCUGAAAGUGCCCCACUUUCCCUACAUUGUGAACAAUAAAAAUAAAUAAGUGAGCAUUUGUGGUUCAAAAGUGAUUCAAUAAACGAUGCACAAUAAAAUAGAUGAAAU